CGCAACUCCAUACGUUUUGAUCAGUGUGGGUUGACUAUUGUUGGUGUUAUUGCCCAUUCUAAUUGACACAUCUCUCCAUCGAUCGAGCCUUCUCUUUCCCUUUCUAUCGACGACUGACUCGUUCCUGAGUCCCAAGUUUAAACACUCCCGUUCGUUACCGUGGUUUCAGGGACCGCGCCUGACGCGCUGCUCUAAACAUUCCUACGUGCAUCAUCGACGCGGACGUGGGUCAUUGUUCGGAUUGAUGUCCAUCUAGUCGACCUUGACCUCCUAUUUUCUGCAGUGUAAACUUACACUCCUAUCAUCCCCCGGGACGUCGCGUCACCCCCGACCGACAUGUGCCACGACCACACUGCGAAUAGCUUCGCGUCUUUUGGCUCAGACUUUGACCCUCAGCACGAGGCACUUGAAUCGACCCGGGAAAUUCCCGAGAGCCCCAAUCUUCCGGAUAUGAACGGCAGUGCGCGGAAACAACACCUAGCUAUGGAGGAGGAAGAGCCCGACUACGUCUUUAACACCUCGACCAUGGAACGCGUCUUCCCCGAGUUUUCACAGAUCGGCACGUCGGAGGAGGAGAACGGCCAGGAUGACGACGACAGUAUUUCCAUCGAGGCCGGACGCGGGCCCACGAAGCCGACGCGUCGUUUGGACGACUCCCGCAACUCCUAUCCUAGCAUCGACAACAGCAUCCGGUCGUCUUCUCCGGCCAUCCGACUGGAUUAUCCCACGCAGACCCCGCCCAAGUCGGCCCUUCGUAACUCGGGGCGUCGCGCUGUCAGUGAAAAUCUUCGGAAGGACGCUCAGCUGCGGCGCGCCAGCCUCGCCCAAAAGGAAAAUCUCGACCUGCAGUCCAAGUCUAACCGCCGGGAUCAGCGACGGACGCUGUCGGAGAUGCAUGCGAAGGUCCGCGAUGCCUACGACGGCUCUUACAUACUUGACGAAAGACCGGCAGCGGUCGCCAACAGUGCACGGCCGACACGCUUUGGCAACGGGAACCUGUCCCACCAAAUCGCAGACGCGGUCGAGCGCGCGUCCCAGGACGCUUACGCGCGUGAGGUCCGGAAGGGCAAACUUCCCAAUGGGACGGGCACGCCUAUGAGAACCGGCGGGGAUACCGGCACCCAGCAGUCCUUCCUUCUUCCCGACCUUCCCAAUCUGUCCGAGCUUGUUUCGGGCGUGUACGAAGACGGCACCCCCGUUUACUCGCGCAGCAAGGCGCGAACCACGCGAUUCGUGUCUCCUCCGCAUGAUGCCACCGAAUCAUCCUUCACCCGCGAGCACAUGCCCCUUGAUGCAGUGCCCAUCCCGGAAGAUGAGAAGGCCCUCUUUGUCUCACUCAGGCUCCUUCAAGAUAAGGUGGCUGAGCUCGAACGCGGUAAGGCCGAUGCGGAACGACGCAUCGAAGAUAUGAAGCACGAGAAUGCCUCCGUUAGAGUGGGCAAGUCCCGCCAGAAGGACAAGAGCAGCCGAUCUAGGACGUAUGAGUCGGAGGAGGACGACUACAGAAGGGAGCGCAUUGCCAAAGAGAAUCAAAAGCUGGAAGCGACCAACUUGGCUUUGCAGAACAAACUCGACCUCGUUGAGCGAAAGGCCGAAAUUCAGGACGCGACUCUGAAGCGCUUGAACCGGGAGCGGGACAUGGCAGUCUCCCAGCUGGGAGUGGCGUAUCUCGAAUCGCAGGAUCUCAAGAGUGACAAUGAGACUCUCCGCCGGGAGAAUGCGGAGCUACGAGCCGCGCUCGAAAAGCUCGGUUUCUCCGUCAAGAACCGUGAAGUUACCCUUCAGUCGGAGCAGACCUCUGCCAGUGAGGACAGCGGAGACAGCCAGGUCGAUACCCGACAGAGUGCCAAUGUCAGUCGCACCACGAAAGAGCUUACGUCCAAGAGCCGCUCGCGUUCUAAGAGUGGACGGCGCGAGGAAUCUCGCCGAGUUUCCAACCAGGUUGACAAGGAGAUCUCGCGGCUGGAGAAGGAGCGGGCGGAGGAAGCCCUCUUCUCCAUCGACGUGCCUCGCUCUAGGGAGGCUACGAGGACUGACAAGUCCGAGACUCGUCGCUCGAAGAAGCAGUCCAACACUGGCAAACAGCGCGUCAAGCGCGUUGUCGUCGAGGAGGUGGACAUCACUGACCCUGUCGAGUCUACGGGCGAAGCGACUGGAAACACCAAGAAGUCUGGAGCGGAUCGUGACCUCACGUUAUUGAGCUUUGUUGAUGAGCGUGAAAUUGCGCAGUUGCGAAAGACACUGGAGGAGGAGCGCCUUUCUCGGAAGAAGCGCCAGUCCAUCACGAUCAAAGACCCCACUGAGAAUGACACGGAGCGCUCCAAGGUCUCGCGGCCCGUCCCGCGCAAGUCGUCCCUGAAGGAAAGCAAAAGCGUUCCCGCCAGGCCCACCUCCGCCAUGGGCGAUUUGACGACGACCUCCAAGGUCAGCGUCUCGGAGAGCAACCUGUCGGUUCCCAUUGAGAGGCCUAGACGCCACUCGGACCACGCGGCGACCCCCCGCCGGCGUCAGCGCAUCGCCGACGAUGUGACGUCGGCGUUCAUUCUGCCCGACAUCACCUUGCACGGCGCCCACCUGGCUGCUGAGAACCCCGGGCAUCUUCCCGAGGCGGCCCAGCGGGCGCUGGAUGGCGCCACGCGGCACGUGGGGAAGAACUGCACGGUCUGCAAGCGGACUGAUUCUUGUGACCACACCCAGAGCUCCGUCAAGGUUCCCAAGCCGGUUCCAGUGUCUGAGCGCAUGCCGGAGCCAUCCCUGUACAACCCAGAACCGACCAUCCGGCCCUCGCAGCCUCCAUCCGUUGCUCUCGCAACCGUUCUGAAGUCGCUAGAAGACGAGCUGUCCCAUCUGAAGAUGCAACUGAUCACCUACCAGGGUGCGUACAACAAGCUAGACGCGUCCCUAAGCAAGCGCCAGCGGAAGACCCUCGGCGAGAAGCUCGAAAAGCUGCUCAAAGACAUCGACAUGAAGUCGGACCAGAUCUACGCGCUGUACGAUGUCCUCGAGGGCCAGAAGGACAACCUGCAGGAGAUGACCGAGCAGGAGAUGGAGGUGACGCUCCAGUCGAUCGGUAUCGACCCGGGACGCGCCGCGGACGUCACAGGCACGACGGAUAAGUCGUCUGUCCGGCCGACGGAGGAUGACGAUGAUGAGGAGCUGCCGUGGGAGGGAAUUGAGAGCACUAUUGAUACGACUGGGCGCAGCCGUCAUAAUUGACCAUCUCUUUCGAUUGGUAUCUGAUGGAGUGGUCCGUGUAUGUCCUGAUUACGUUUGUGUUCUUGGUCGAUGUUUACUGGCAUGGAUAAUGGAUGUGGAGACUGUUGAGAUGACUCGUUCCUUGAGGUUGGCUGUGUUGAUUAACCGUAUGGACUAUCCGCGGCUUUGAUCUCGUUCCGAGGGUCUUUUAUCUGUCGUCCAUGAGUUGGUGUAUUCUCGUCACGGAGGUCUAUCAUACUGUCGUGCCGUUAGUUGGUGUUGUAUUGGCUUUGAUCAAGUUGUGGGGGUCGUUUUAACCCUGUGGUACCAUGAGUUAGUUGGUGUUUAUUUGCCCCUUGCUGGGUUGGCGUUGAUGGUCGCAUUGUAUAUUAGCAUUGUUGUUGGUUUAUGGCAUUGAUUCUAUCAC